UCCCGGACAGAGUCUUUGCUCUUACGAGCGGCUGGACCUAAACGGUGGCGGGCUCGAGGACCAGCCCUGUUGUGGUGGCUGCUAUGAAGCUGCUUUGUUUCGCGGUCCCGGCUCUUUGCCUCAAGUGAUGGGACCCACAGCGGCUGCUGCUGCUCCUGCUAGAGCAACGAUUGCAUCGCGACUUCUUUCUGCCGUACGCUCGCCCAGCGGCACUGCAAGCAAGUCUUCGCCAGUAGCGGCCGUUACCGCGGACUCGUCUCCGCUACCCAUUUUCUGAGGGUCCUGCACAAGACCCAGUGCUGCAGCCGCACUCUCAGGGCCGCUUGUGACCCGAGUGGCUUUCGUUUCUUACAGCGGAGCCAGAGGGAGCAACCGCGAAGCUUUUGUGUUUCGCUCGCUGUCGGAUGGUCCCGCAGCGCGGCCAGGAAAGCCCCUUUGGGAUAACCUGGGGCAAAAGGAAAACAAAGCUUUGGGCUGCUGAACUCUUCUUCGCCGUUCUGACAAUAGCCGCUCCAGUUGAGAAGCCGGGACAAUUCUCUUCAAUCAACUUCUGGAUGAUUUAGGACCCCGCUGCUUAUAUUAAGCUAAUUUUGGAUUUACCAAUUGGAAAGUGUUGGAGGCUUUUGGAAAAGUCUUCCCUUUCCCCCUCUUCUAUCAGCUAUCCCGUUUGGCAUGAGACUAUCGACAGGCUCCACCUGGAGACAAUGUUUGCAGAGUUCGUUCAUGUCUAUCUCUUUGGAUUGAUAUGUUUCUCUUCAGGUUCACGUCUUCGUCAAGAUGAUUUCCCACCUCGAAUUAUUGAACAUCCUUCGGAUUUAAUUGUUUCUAAAGGGGAACCAGCAACACUGAACUGCAAGGCUGAAGGCAGACCAGUGCCAACUAUUGAAUGGUACAAAGGAGGAGAAAGGGUUGAAACUGAUAAAGAUGAUGCUCGUUCUCAUCGGAUGUUGCUACCGAGUGGAUCUUUAUUUUUCUUACGUAUAGUUCAUGGCCGCAAAAGUAGGCCUGAUGAAGGAGUUUAUGUCUGUGUAGCAAGGAAUUACCUUGGUGAAGCUGUGAGUCACAAUGCAUCACUGGAAGUAGCAAGUAA